GAACUGGUGAUAAAGUCGACGAGUGUCUCAACGAACGGUAUCUCGUCAGUGCAUGAACAAGAGCGUAAGAUGACGAUCACGGUUGUUGCCAUUAUCUCAUGUUUUACCAUUACGCAAAUGCCAUCCGCCCUGCUGUUCCUUUACGAGAAAUUGAUCAACGAUGCAAAAACUCAAGCAUUCGCAACCGUCUCAUCAAUCACCAAUUUUCUCGUACUCACUGGCAAAAUGCUCAACGUUGUGCUAUUUUGCUUGACAAGCAUUUCGUUUAGGUAUCGUUAUUAUUACUAUUAUCGCCUUAUUUUCGAACAAAAACGAAAAUUCCCCUUAAAUUCUGAUCGGUGUAAUCAUUUACGACAUCAUAAUAAUUGUAAUGAUUUUUUUUCACUAUUUCUGUGUUUCAUUGUUAAUGUCACGUUUGUAUCAGAUUAUUUAAAACUGCGAUUGUGGUCAUAA